AGCAGGAGGAGGGAGCUGGUCCAGUUCCAGCUCCUCUUGGAGGCCCAAGAGCGCACUCUGCACUCCUUUACACAUUAGCCCAGCAAGGGCGCAAGGAGGAGAAGAGGGCAGGGAAGGCAAAGCUCCAGGAGGCUGAGUCUCCGGCGAGAGGAAGGAGAGGAAGAAGAGGAAGAAGGCGCCCGGCGGAGAGCGCAUGGCGGGCACGCAGGUGCCCAUGUGCCAGGCCAUCCUCCCCACGCACAGCGACCAGCGCGGGCAGCUCAGCGCCGGGCAGCUCCUCCAGUGGAUGGACACCGCCGCCUGCCUGGCCGCUGAAAAACAUGCUGGCCUUCCUUGUGUGACAGCAUCAGUGGAUGACAUACGGUUUGAAGAGACUGCCAGAGUUGGACAAAUUGUCAGCAUUAAUGCAAAGGUAAACCGGGCAUUCACUACCAGUAUGGAGGUUGGUGUAAAAGUUACCUUGCAGGAUCCCCUUACUGAUGUUCAGAAACUGAUUAGCGUGGCUUUCUCUACAUAUGUGGCAAGACCAGGCUGUAAUGAAAAGGUUGACUUAAAACCAGUACGCCUUCUCACUGCACAAGAUUUCAUAGAGCACACUCUGGCUGCUGAAAGAAGGAAGAUCCGACUGGCUCAUGGAGAUGUCCUGAACAACCUGCUGAAGGAGUGUGGUAUAGAUGGUGGUCAAAUGUCCGAUCAAGAGGAAAAUGUGCUUUCCACAGAUCUUACUCAUGUGCAGAGCACUGAACUUGUCUUACCUCCUCAUGCCAAUCAUCAAGGAAAUACAUUUGGUGGCCAAAUUAUGACUUGGAUGGAAACAGUAGCUGCUAUUUCAGCAAGUCGCCUGUGUCAUAUGCAUCCAACUCUGAAAUCCGUAGAUAUGUUUAAAUUUCGUGGACCUUCAACUGUUGGUGACCGGCUAGUGUUUAAUGCUAUAGUUAACAAUACUUUUGAGAAAAGUAUUGAGGUUGGAGUCCGCGUUGAAGCCUACAACUGUGAGGAAUGGGGCAAGGGGCAAGCACGGCAUAUCAACAGUGCCUUUCUAAUUUUUAAUAUUUUAAACAAACAUGGAGAACCUCUCGUUGUCCCCAGAGUAAGACCUACAACAAAGGAUGCUGUAAGGAGAUUCCAUGGAGCUAUUGCACGCAAGAAAAUCAGAUUAACCAGGAAAUAUGAUCUCUUGAAGAAAGAAGACAGUUGCACCCCUGAAUUCUUGGACAGAGGCAACCAAGUAAAUGUAAUCGAAAGCAAUAUUGCAGCACUGACUCUUCUGGCAGCAAAAUCUGGAUGGGAAAUACAUAGCACUCAAGACCAUGUAAAAAUGUUCACUCUAGAGGAGACAGAUGCUUUGUCAAUCAAGGUUGAAAUGCAAGUACAGAUGCCAUCAAACCUCACUUUUUGUAUUUUAUCGGACUUCACUCUCCAUAUGCACUGGGUUAAACAAUAUUUAACUUGUAAGCUCAUAGAGAGUGUGACCAAAGAGGACAACAUUUACCAAAUUACAUCCCCAUUAAUUCAUGAUUUAUCCAUUCUUGUAUCACAACGGAAACCCUGUAGAACUGGAUAGUCUGAUUAAGAAGAAUGGCUAAGAUCCUGCAGUGGAGGCAUAGCUACAACAUCACAGCAACCUUCCAUGUCCUGACCCAGCUCUUCGGCAUCCAUACUGAGUAUACAGCUGGCAGGUGGAUGCUGCAGGAUGACGUGACCAGCCUCCUCCCACCAGAGACCGACGGUGCAGUGAGCAGGAGAAGGGACAUCUGUGAGGUUGUGUCAAAUCUUUGCAGUACUGUCACUCCCUGCUAGGAAGAGGCUGGCCAUAUCAUUCUGCAGCACCUGCUUCCCAGUUCCACAGAACACAAUCGUUCCAUUAUCACAAGUAUGAUUACAAAACAAUUACAAGAUUAUAAGUCUAAUAGUAUGCAAGUGAGUAUGUGUAAAUAGUUCUGUAUGAUUCUACUCCCCAAAUUAGGUACUGUAUAGCCCUUUAAACCACACCAAAUCUCCUAGAUCAGUUUUUCAGAUUGAAAUGCAAUGUAGGUGCUUGUAUCUCAGGGUUUUUAAAAAAAGGUUUGGCAUAUUUUCUGUUGGACUAGAAUAGACACCACCACCAAGCCCACAUAUUUAAAUCUCCCUCUUCUGGUAUGUAAUCAUUACUCAAUUACAACUAAAGCAUGCCAAGAUCAGCUAAAAAGCUACCUGCUCAAAAUGGGAAAAGCAGUGCCCCUUAGGGAUUAUCACAGAAUUGAUAAGACUUCUUCUAUAACUUUAAAAAACAGAAAGGAAAACAGCAUGAUUUGUGCAGCUAGAAAGACUUGCAAUGUAAAAUAUCUAUUGUUUUUAUAUGUGCUAUGAGUACAAUAUUUAAAUCCCCUUACACAGGAAUCCAUAGGGUUGCAUGGUCAUGUCAUGUGGUUUCUACCCACAUAAUCCGGUGAUCUGACAACGGAAAAUUAUACACGUAAUUGCACUCUGACCAGCCAGGAUUGAUACACUAAUAUAUAUGAAGUAGAGUUUGAUGAUCUCACUGCUUUCCUUGAGAAAUGACACAAAUUUUCUUUCCUAUAUUUUAUAGGUAUCUUACUUCUUCCAAGGUACUCCUUGUUUUGCUGCAAAUCUUGUUGGCUUGUUAAAAUUAACUGAAGAUACAGCUUCCAUAUAUAUUCACUUUUUAGAAUCUGAGAGCAAAAGGAUGAACUGCAUUUAGCACCACCAUUGAGUCCUGCUUUUGAGUCAUUGGCUUUGUUAAUACUAUUUGAGGUAUUUGAAAAUGACUCUUGCGAAUAAAUGGACAAGUGCAGUAAUGUUUGCAAUCUUGCAAAUGCUCUGCCAUAAAUAAAAAUCAGGAAUUUUAUUAUUAAACUGUCAGAGCACAGUAUGCCACAUCAUCCAAGUCUCCACUGAAUACCUGAUCAUGUCACUUUAACAUGUCAUUAAUAACAUGUCAUUAAUUCUUUUGGAUUUCUCAGAAUGUUUGUCAAUACAAUAUAUGUAUUUCAUGUAAUGAAAGAAUACUGCUUUUCUAAAAAGUGUCUUGAGUGUAAGUAUAAAUUUUUGAAAAGAA